UCCGAGGGAAAAGAGAGACCCGGAGACCCGGGAAGGCCUUCUUCUGGAAGGUCAAGCCAUUCCUGGCAGAGCGAGGGGCCACUUGAGUUCUGGGAGCUGGGUGCGACCCUCUCGCCAAUCCAGAGUUGGAUGGCUGAGGCCCUCUCUCCUAGACUGCAAACGAAUGUGAAACUAGCAAACAAAACGUGGUGCCCCUCCCGGUCUGGGAGAUGGUGUUGCAGAGACCUCUCCCAUAGUUUAUCGUUGUUUUGCAUUGAUUAUUAUUAUUAUUAUUAUUAUUAAUUAUUAUUAUUAUUAUUUUAUGUCAUGUGUGUCCUCUCUCCUGUUCUCUCUCUGACAUUCCAAACCAGGCCCCUUCCUAGUUCUGGGGCUGCCUGAGUCUAGAACCCUUUGUUGGCGUGAAAAUUGUGUCCUGUACAGAGCGACAAUAGAAAUAAAUGUUUGGUUUCUUGUGAUCAGCACGCGUGUUUUUGUUGAAACCUUGAUGUAGAGAUACAGACAAAUGCUGCCCAGUGUGUAUGUUAAGCAUCCCGGUCCAUCUGGCCUCACGUCGGAUGUGGUUGAGGAUUUUUUUCAAAGGGUCCAAGGGGACUUUCUAUCUCAGAGGACUCCAAAUUGUGGUAGCUCCUUUGUUUUCCUUUUGGGGUGGGUGUGUUUUGUUUGGGGCUUUUAAUUUUUUCCCUCCAGUCCAAAAAUGGAUUGAAAGUACUGGGAGGGCUGACUCCAAUCCCUAGUGGUGGUGGGGGGAUGUUUCAUUGUAGGACACGAGAGGCUUAAGUAUGGCAAAGCCUUUCAUAUUGUGAUUUAUUUGUCAUAAGCAAAUAAAAUGCGGUUAAGCUGUCUCUUUCUAGACAGACGACUCUUUGCUUAUUAAGGUUCGGAGGGAGGAUUCUGCGAGGCCGGCCUCUUUCCUCCCGCCUAAGAAGGUAUCCUUUUCCUCUGAGGUGUUUAAAGCUUUAAUGAGUCUAAUUUUUUGCACAGAUGUUUCUGGGUGUUUGCAGGUUUUCAGAGUAUUUUUAUAUUACAAAGGAGCUAGCCAGUGCCAUAGCUCAAACUCUGACAAGCAAAUAGAUAAUCAAGAAGACAAAUGGCCUCUUUUGUGAAGCCCUGCUCCUGUAUUAAUUUUCAUUUUCUUUCUCAUAGAAAGUAUCGAAAGUACGACUGGGGGCCAAAUAGCUUUCUGUCUCUGAGGUCCCCGGUCACCCCUAGAAUGGAGUGGGGGAAGGGGCUGGGGGUGCCGAUGACCCUCACAAGCUCUGUCAGGCUCAGGCCACUUUGGGGCAACACCCCCAGAGAAGUGCUAAGGUUUGAGGGCUCCAGCCUUGGCGUCUCUGGUCUUGGGGUGGGCCAGGACACGGCCACCCACCUCCAAAAAGCUUGCGGCUCAAGAGAGCAUACACAAUUAAAAGUCGUUUUUCGGUCCCGUCUCCCUCCAGAAAAUAAACAUAGCUGAAUCCACCAGCACGUUUUAUUGUUAUUUCUUUUGUAUUCCUCCGGUUUGCAGUGCCCGGGAGUUUGCGAGGCCGGGUAGGGCCCAGGACCUACAGGCUGGUGUUGGAGCACAGGGAAAGGGCAGUAGAAGGGCCCCGUUGAAAUGCUGCAGGAAGCCCCAUAAAAAAUCGCCCGGACCUGGAGGCUCAGAGCGGCGAGCUUUGUUUCGGUGGAAUCGCGGUGUGAUGUUCAGUGGCCAGGGGAUGCGGCUGCCCUUAGUGGAGGGGGAGAAUAGUUCUUAAAAAGCAUAUGCCCCCCCCAGGAAUGUCUCUAUAGAACCAAAUCAAAGCUGCUCCUUGGAAGGUAUGAAUAGAAUAAAAAAAAGAUUUCUAUGGAGCUUAAAGUUCACAGCCAUUCUGUGUAGACAAGAGCUAAGAAAAAUGUGAGAAUUAUACAGAAAACCAUUAAUCACUUCUUUUCUUUAAAUACGUAUCCUCUCUCCUUUGUUAUUAUUCAACAGCAAAUCUCCGCAGACCGGCUGUUGGGGGAAAAAAGUGUUAGCUGGCUCUCCCGGAUCUGCGAAGGGGAAAAAAUUUGGAACCAUAAAGUUGAAAACUUUUUUCUCUCAGUUUGGAAGAAGCCCUUCGUCAUGAAUGGGAUCCGCGGAAUUCAGGCCAGAGGAGGAAAGAGGCGCAAAGGAGGGGAGAUUUCUCGCCUGCCGCUCGCGCUGGGGCUCGAUGUGAAUAUAUAUUAUGUCUGCCUGUUCUCCCCUCGUCGGUGGCUAAGGUCAGCCGCUCCCAACGGACUCGGGAGGAGGGGGGGAGAAAGGGGAGGGGGGGUCCGGCGCCUCACGUGACCCCCGCGGGUGCCAAUGUCCGGUCGUGAGGGUAUCAGGCUCUUGCAAGUUGCCGCCCACUGCCCGGGCCUCGCCCAGCGAUGCAGAAAGCCACCUACUACGACAACGCCGCGGCAGCACUCUUCGGAGGCUAUUCCUCGUACCCUGGCAGCAAUGGCUUCGGCUACGACGGUCCCCCCCAACCCCCCUUUCAGGCCGCCACGCACCUGGAGGGCGACUACCAGCGCUCGGCGUGCUCGCUGCAGUCCCUGGGCAACGCCGCCCCGCAUGCCAAGAGCAAGGAGCUCAACGGCAGCUGCAUGAGGCCCGGCCUGGCCCCCGAGCCCCUGCCCGCCCCGCCCGGCUCACCCCCGCCCAGCGCCGCACCUACCAGUACCACUAGCAACAGCAGUAAUGGGGGCGGGCCCGGCAAAAGCGGCACCCCCAAGUGCGUUCCCGGCUCCAACUCCACCCUCACCAAACAGAUAUUCCCCUGGAUGAAAGAGUCAAGGCAAACGUCCAAGCUGAAAAACAGCUCCCCCGGCACAGGUACCGGCUCUCUGCCUUCCUCGCGCCCGGGCGGCGGCCGGGGAACAGUAUCAGGUGGCGGCGGCGGCGGNGGCGGGGGAGGGGACAAGAGCCCCCCGGGGUCGGCGGCGUCCAAGCGCGCGCGGACGGCGUACACGAGCGCGCAGCUGGUGGAGCUGGAGAAGGAGUUCCACUUCAACCGCUACCUGUGCCGGCCGCGCCGCGUGGAGAUGGCCAACCUGCUGAACCUCAGCGAGCGGCAGAUCAAGAUCUGGUUCCAGAACCGGCGCAUGAAGUACAAGAAGGACCAGAAGGCCAAGGGCCUGGCCUCGUCGUCCGGGGGCCCCUCCCCCGCCGGCAGCCCCCCGCAGCCCAUGCAGUCCACGGCCGGCUUCAUGAACGCCUUACACCCCAUGACCCCCAGCUACGAGAGCCCGUCCCCGCCCGCCUUCGGCAAAGCCCACCAGAAUGCCUACGCUCUGCCCUCCAACUACCAGCCUCCUCUCAAGGGCUGCGGCGCCCCGCAGAAGUACCCCCCGACCCCGGCGCCCGAUUACGAGCCCCACGUCCUCCAAGCCAAUGGGGGCGCCUACGGGACGCCCACCAUGCAGGGCAGCCCCGUGUACGUGGGCGGGGGCGGCUACGCGGAUCCGCUGCCGCCCCCUGCCGGCCCCUCCCUCUACGGCCUCAACCACCUUUCCCACCACCCCUCGGGGAACCUGGACUACAAUGGGGCGCCCCCUAUGGCCCCCAACCAGCACCACGGACCCUGCGAUCCCCACCCGACCUACACAGACCUCUCCUCUCACCACGCGCCUCCUCCUCAGGGUAGAAUCCAAGAAGCGCCCAAAUUAACACACCUGUGAUGGGAGAGGGAGGGCGGAGGGGCAAGGGCAUGGGGUGGGUGAGAGCUAGAAAGGGCGUGGGGCCGCGGAACGCCAGGAGGGCGUCCUGGAGGUCUGACAGAGGAGGCCAGGAGGUGAUAGCCACGCUUCCUGAGAAGACCAGGCCUGGCGCUCCUUUCCCUCUCCCUGGCCUGAGAAGUUGCUUUUUUAAGGUCCUCCAGUCCUUGUUCCAUCUGCCUGCCAACCCGGUGGAGAGGAAACCACAGCAGAUUGUGGAGAUGACCCCAUUAGCCCUAGGCCUCCAGCAAGACCCAGCUGGAAUUCCACACUCCCGAGUGGCGUGGAGGAAGAGGGGAUAGGGAAACAAGGCUGAGAAGCACAUUAAACACACACACACACACACACACACACA